AUGGUCAAGAUCACUGGGUUCACAACCCGCGAUGUGAGGUUUCCGACCUCCCUCGACAAAACCGGCUCAGAUGCCAUGAACGCCGCAGGCGACUACUCUUCUGCGUACUGUAUCCUGACUACGGAUUCUGAGUAUACCGGACAUGGAAUGACCUUCACAAUCGGCCGCGGCAACGACCUCGUCUGCUCCGCCAUCUCCCUCCUCACUCCUCUCGUCAUCGGGAAAGAUUUAGAUGAAUUAACUGCCAACUGGGGCCAAACAUGGCGCUACCUCGUCUCCGACAGCCAACUGCGUUGGAUCGGACCUGAAAAGGGCGUUAUGCAUCUCGCCCUUGGUGCCUUGGUCAAUGCGUUGUGGGAUCUCUGGGCGAAGACGCUGGGUAAGCCUGUUUGGAGGGUUAUUGCGGAUAUGACUCCCGAGGAAGUAGUGAGGUGUAUUGAUUUCCGGUACAUUACGGAUGCGUUGAUGCCGGAGGAGGCGGUUGCACUACUGAAAGAGGUUGAAGGUGGUAAGGCAGAAAGGAUCAAGGAGGCGGAAGAGAAUCGCGCGGUGCCGGCGUACACGACUAGUGCGGGGUGGUUGGGGUACGGGGAGGAGAAGAUGAAGGCGUUGCUGAAGGAGAGUGUGGAGCUUGGGUAUCGGCAUUUCAAGAUGAAGGUUGGCGGGGAUCUGGAGGAGGAUAAACGGCGGUUGCGGAUUACGAGGGAAGCCAUUGGGUAUGAUAAAGGGAAUGUCCUCAUGGUCGACGCGAACCAGAUCUGGUCCGUUCCUGAGGCGAUUACCUGGAUGCGCGAGCUUGCUGAGUUCAAGCCCUGGUUUAUCGAGGAGCCUACGUCGCCAGAUGAUAUUCUUGGUCACGCGGCGAUUCGCAGAGCUCUCGCUGAUAUCCCUAUUGGUGUUGCGACAGGCGAAAUGUGCCAGAACCGGGUUAUCUUCAAGCAACUCCUGCAAGCCAAUGCCCUGACAGUCCUACAGCCGGAUGCCUGCCGCGUCGGUGGUGUCAACGAAGUCCUUGCGAUCCUGUUGCUGGCUCGCAAGUUUGGAGUUCCUAUCGUGCCACAUUCGGGUGGUGUUGGGUUGCCGGAGUACACGCAGCACCUCAGUACGAUUGACUAUGUGGUUGUGAGCGGGAAGGCGAGUGUGUUGGAAUACGUGGACCAUUUGCAUGAGCAUUUUGUGCAUCCGAGUCGGGUGCAGGAUGGGUAUUAUGUCACGCCUAUGGAGCCCGGAUAUAGUGUUGAAAUGAAGGCGGAUAGUAUGGAUUUGUUUUCGUUUCCGGGCGAGGCGAAGGGCUGGUGGAGGUCUGACGAUGCGAAGAUAAUUUUGGAGGGGCCUAGGGUUAUUUGA